UCGGUGUAGGGCAUAGCCUCACUGAUAGGCCAUGUAAAAGAACCCUUAGGAUCGUAACACUCACCCAAGCCCACGCGCUAUGGCUGGCGGCGUAGGUGAAGCCCCUCCUGCAAACGCCGGCGAUUUCCUACUCUCUCUCCUCCAAAACCAGCACCACCUCCAACAACAACAACAACAUCAGACUCAUCCACAACAACAGCAACAGCAGCAGCAGCAGCAGCAGCAGCAGCAUUCUCUGACCGUCGAUCCUGCCGUCGCGGCUGUGGGCCCCUCCCUCCCCUUCGCUCCGCCUCCAUGGCCGUCCAUCUCUAAUGGCCCCGAUCUGCCCUAUCCUCUUUUUCCUUGGCCUCACUCUGUCUCCCCUCCCUCGGGUUUUCCUCCGAACUUCCUAGGGUUUCCGCAAAACCCUUUCCCCCCUCCUCGGAAUCAGUUUCCUGGAAACCAUUUCCCUGGGAAUCAAAUUGCGGCCAAUCACAUUCUCCUCGGUGAGGACUCGAGAACAUUUGGGUUUCCGGGUAAUGACUCUAGAGGCAGUCGUAGAAUCGAUAAUUCUAUUGGGCAGCAGAAGCAUCAAGAGCCUGAACUGAAGUUCGGCUCCUUUCCUAGCGAAAUCCGGAGCACUGAGGGUUUAUUAAAGGAGAAUUCUGAGGGCUCUUUGGAUAGUUUACAGUUCACUAUUUUAAAGGAGCGAGAAGCAGGUUCAGGGAGCAGGAGCUACAAUGGGUUGGAUAGGAAUAUGGCCAAUCCUCGGGCGAAUUCUAAGUCAAAUCAAAAUUCAGACGCUCUUCGGCGUGGGAAUUAUAUUUCUCGAGAGCAAGAGCGACGAGGGGGCGAACUAGGGAAGCAGUACCACAGUGGGAACUAUAAGUCUACGCCGCCACCCCCACCGGGGUUUCCAAGCCAGCAAAGGGGAAAAGGGAAUUGGGAUUCUGGGAAUAGGAGAGGGUUGGAGCACAAUGUGCAUAAGGAAAGGGCGAAUCAUCUUGAAUUUGGUAAUAGCAACGUUUUCUGGGAAGCUGAGGACGUCAUGAUGAGGAGAUUAUCAAUGAAAGACGGUGAAACUCGCGGUGAAAAGUUAGGUCAAUUGGCCCUUAAUGGAAAGCUUGAUCACCCAGGACCGCCAACGGGGAGUAACCUUCAUUCCGUGUCGGCUCCGGAUAUUGAAGAGUCCACAUCGAAGUUGCAUAGUGAAAUUGAUCAAUAUGAGAAUGGCAAUAAUUACCGAAGUCGAGAUAAGUUGAAGGAGGAAAGUCAUGAACUAGAUGAUUUUAGCGAGCAGCUUGUGGAUUCAUUGUUGCUCGAGGAUGAGUCUGCUGGCAAGCAUAGCUCAAGCCAACGUCGUAUUUCUCGAGAGAAGGAUGCCAGGAAGGAUAACAGAGGGAAACAGCUACUUAGCCAAAGGAUGAGAAUAAUGAAAAGGCAGAUGCAAUUACGAAGUGACAUGGGCAUAUUUAAUGAACCUUUUCUUGCAAUUUAUGAGUCCCUAAUACCUGCGGAGGAAGAGAAGGCAAAGCAGAAGCAAUUGUUACAAUUAUUGGAGAGACUGGUUUGCAAAGAAUGGCCUAAAGCUCGGAUUUAUCUUUAUGGAUCAUGUGCAAACUCGUUUGGAGUUUCUAAAAGUGAUAUUGAUGUUUGUCUUGCAAUUGAAUACACAGAUACUGAUAAGUCUGAGAUCUUACUGAGGUUGGCAGACAUUUUACAGUCAGAUAAUCUCCAGAAUGUGCAGGCGCUGACACGUGCUAGGGUCCCCAUAGUAAAGCUUAUGGAUCCGAUGACUGGACUUUCCUGUGACAUAUGCAUUAACAAUGUUUUGGCUGUCAUAAAUACUAAGCUUCUACGAGAUUACGCUCAAAUAGAUGCGAGAUUACGGCAGUUGGCUUUUAUUGUAAAACAUUGGGCCAAGUCAAGGGGAGUCAAUGAAACUUACCAAGGAACUCUGUCUAGCUAUGCGUAUGUCAUAAUGUGCAUACAUUUCUUACAACAGCGCAGGCCUGCCAUCCUUCCCUGCUUACAGGAAAUGGAGACUACAUACUCUGUGACCGUAGAUGAUGUCGAAUGUGCUUUCUUUGAUCAAGUUGAAAAACUACACAAUUUUGGAUCACGUAACAAGGAAACUAUUGCUCAGCUGGUGUGGGCGUUUUUCAAUUAUUGGGCAUAUCGUCAUGAUUAUGCAAAUUCUGUCAUAUCUGUUCGUACAGGAAGCAUAAUCAGCAAGCAAGAAAAAGACUGGACACGUAGGAUUGGGAAUGAUCGUCAUUUGAUAUGCAUAGAGGAUCCAUUUGAGGUAUCUCACGACCUUGGUCGAGUGGUGGACAAGCACAGCAUAAAAGUUCUGAGGGAGGAGUUCGAACGUGCAGCCGACAUCAUGCAGUAUGAUCCAAAUCCUUGUGUGAAGCUCUUUGAACCCUACCUUCAUAGUUGACUUGUCUUUUACUUGUAGAUGUAAUCAUGGUAAAGCAAACAGUGUGUAAAGUCCCGAAUCUUCCUCAAUUUGGUCCUCACAUUAUGUCCAUAGAUGUAUCUAGUCGGUUAGGCUUUUAUUUAAAUGUCUAAAGCUGUAGAGAACUUUGGGUUUAUAGACCUCUGAUCUUGAUCCUUCAUUUCAAGAUGAGAGAUGAUUGAGUGAACUACUUUACCUUAUUUUCCCCCCUUUGGGGGUGAGUUGAGGGGUAUUCAACUCAAUUCCCUGUGCUUGCAGCCGCAUCUGCUGUUAAGUAUGUUUUUAACUUUUAUUAAUCACUGCACAUCGUGGUGCAAUUUGAUGUGUAA